AUGAUUCUGAUCGUGACGGUGAUUCUUCUGAGGAGGUCGUGCUGUCCCUACUGGAGACCUUCAGAUCUCGUCACUGACUGCAAAUACAAAUGCCAGCAGUGUCAAAAGGGAGACAGUAAAGUUAAAAUUGAACCAUCCUCGGUUGAAAGGGAGAAACGGAAGAAUACCUGGGCUCCCGUCAAAAGACAUAUGGCGGAGUUGAGGCUUGUUAUGCACACUCCAAAACCAGUGUUAGAGAAAAGAGAGUCCAAAAAUUUAGAAAAGAAGAUUUCUUUGUACGAGUCGAAUCCAAUGCAUUACCGCGCCUUUAUGGAGCCCCCGCCGGCGUAUGAAUACGUAGAAGUGAAAGAGACCGACAAUAAAAACAAGUCUGGAUUUCUUCAAAAUCGACAGCGAAUAAGCAGAGUAGUCUCACAGAUGAACCUUCUCAAAGAAAAGGCAGCUCAAUCUCGUCAAGAAAAUAGUAUGACGUCAUCAGAUAGGAAGACAGACGACAAAUCGUUACCAAAACAUUCUAGUAAAAAGUUUGACAAAUCUGAAACAUCUUGCGGAAGUAAAAGACUUGCAAGGACUCACAGUGUACCGCAAAUGGCACGGACAGCUUAUUGAUUCAGGAAAUGUAGCCUGUUAUCAUUAAAUACUGAGAUGUGGCCAAAUAAAUGA